AUGGGUGUCGUAUUCUCACGCUUUCGGUCCCAAAACGAGGAUAAUUUUGAGAAAAUUCUUUCAGAGAUUGACGAUAAGAUUAGUCGAGCCGAAGUUCGAUUACGCGAAAUAAGAAUACGUGAACGUAGUGCAUUGAUAAUUUGGAUCGUUUAUUCUAUGUUAGCCUACGUUGCAUAUGUGGCAGGUUAUUGGUAUUUUGUUUAUAUGUCUAUUGAAGAAGAAGGUUGGGAUUUUAUGAAGAUUGCACCAGUUUUUACUGGUCCCUUUUUAAUAGUGAUUGGAUAUAGAUUUUUAGCUUUAUGGUAUAAAAGAAAAGAAACCAACGAAAUAUCUCAACUCGAACACCUUAGAGCUAAACAAAGACAAAAGGUAGAGGAGUUGAAAAAUAAACACAAUUAUUACUCAACCAAAGAUUUAGUGGAACGCUAUGAUUUCCCUAAGGGACCAAAGGGACCACCACAAGUAAAUCAACAAAAUCAACCAAUUCAAAAUGGAACUGCACGUCCUAGGCAACCUAUAAAUCCUAAUAAUCCCAAUCUUCGUCAAAGAAAUGUUCCAAAUCUUCAAGCGCCAGGGGUUAAUAGUAUUAAUGGAGAUCAAAGAAAUAACAAUGCAUCAAACGUAGGGAGCGGAGGAGCUCAUGGUGGUAAUGCAUCACCACAAACCAAAUAUGAUCCGAACAGUCCAAAUUCAAUUUCACCUAUUCAAAAACGAUGGUUUGAUAAAUUGGUGGAUGUAAUUGUUGGGGAUGAUGAACAAAAAUAUGCAUUAAUUUGUCAAAAUUGUUUUACAUGGAAUGGUUUAGCUUAUCCCGCAGAUUUUGAAGAUGUUCAAUAUUAUUGUAAAAAAUGCAAUCAUUUUAAUUCAUCUCGACGAAGUCAACUUAGCGGAACAUCUUUAAGCGUGUCACCCAGUCUCACAAACGGUAAUAAUAGUAACGAUAGUAAUGAAAAUCAUCUUAACAUCACUAAUAGUCACUUCAAUAAGUCAAAUGGUCCAUCUCAACUAGGUGAUCCUUUAACUCCGCGAAGAGGACGUUCAACCACACCAAGACCCAUGAUAAGACUUUGGCUUCUCGAUCCAACAGUAGGAAGGGAAGGAACAGUCGAAGUCAAAAUAGGAUUGGAGAUAAUCGCCAUGGAAAUAAUGAAGAUGUUAAACCAUACUCCAUCAGUGAUGAUGAAAGCGUUUCUCGUGAAGAAUAAACUUUUAUUCUCUAAUUGA